UCCACCUCUCGUAUUUAUAAGUAGCUUUUCCCCAUUUCAGUUAACAAAUCAUGUUCUCAACCAACCGGGUUACGGCUAUCUUUGUUCUAUUGACCAAAUCACCCUCUUCCGUUUACCCGACUCCACAACCACCUCCCUCCCCACCAUCUUUUGCUCUCCAUUCCAUGACUCUUGACACCGCUGCUCUCCAGAUUUGGACUCCGAGUCUUCUGUUUCCUCUUCUUAAUCUAUGUCCGGAUGCUGACCCAAGCCUAUUUCUUUAAACUUGCGUCUUUGGCGUUCUCAUCGCUCUAAUCAACUUCUGCUCCUGCACCCUUCAAGUAAGCAUAUUUUGUUUCUGUUUCUACUUUCACAAUGGACAUCUGGGAAAAUUGGUUCGUUCUGCAAAUAAUGCAGAUGCUGGGUCUGGUUAGUUUCUCGAUCUCUUUCGCCAAGCUUAGGACUCUAUGCUCCAGAGCUGUUCGAUUUGUGGAUAGAAUGAUUACGGGUGAUUCCGAUGUCGGGGUCUUUUCGUCUUUCAAUGCGCUUGUAACUACUGGAUCCUUCCUGUCUUUCCUUUUGGUCCUUUACUGGGCAUAUUCGUAUGUAUUUCCCACUUCGUACUCCCUCAUUCAGGGCGUGGAAAUUCGGAACAUUUCUGACUCGGCAGCUCGGAGUGAGGUCUUGAAACCCAAUAUAUCAGUUUCUGCUUGCAACGUGUUUGAAGGAAGCUGGAUCCGGGACGAGAUUUACCCUUUAUAUGAUGCUUCGCACUGCCCUUUCUUGGAACGUGGUUUUAACUGCGUUGCAAAUGGGCGUAAAGACAGAGGCUAUACGAAAUGGAGGUGGAAACCCAAAAAUUGUGAGAUUCCGAGGUUUGAUGCCCGUAGAUUAUUGGAGAAACUUCGUGGGAAAAGAGUGGUCUUCGUUGGCGAUUCUUUGAGCAGAACACAAUGGGAGUCUUUGAUAUGCUUGCUUAUGACAGGAGUAGAGAAUAAAAAAAGCGUGUACGAAAUCAAUGGCAAUGAGAUCACUAAACGGAUUAGGUUUUUAGGCGUGAGAUUCAGUUCACACAAUAUUAGAAUCGACUUUUAUCGAUCCGUAUUCUUGGUGAAGAAUGGUCCGGUGCCGAGAAAUGCUCCUAAAAGGGUGAAGACAACACUGAGAUUGGACAAGAUGGAUGAUACUAGCCAUGAGUGGAUUAAUUCAGAUGUUCUAAUAUUUAAUUCAGGUCACUGGUGGACAAAGGGCAAGCUUUUUGACGCGGGGUGGUAUUUUCAAGUCGGUGACUCGCUAAAGCUUGGAAUGCCAAUCAAUUCUGCUUUCCGCGCAGCUUUGCACACCUGGGCAUCUUGGGUUGAAAACACGGUGAACACAAGUAUAACCAAAAUAUUCUUCCGUACUUUUGAGUCAUCUCAUUGGGGUAAAACUUGCAAAGUGACAAGUAGACCGUGGAAGAGGACAAAUGGGAGAGAUCGAAGCCCAAUAUCAGACAUGAUAAUGAGGACUGUGAAGGAAAUGAAUGUGUCGGUGAGAGUUUUGCACGUAACCCCAAUGGGUGCAUAUAGAAACGAUGGGCAUGUGGGGCGUUGGAGUGUCAACCCAUCUGUGCCUGAUUGUAGCCAUUGGUGUCUGCCAGGAGUACCUGACAUGUGGAACGAGAUUCUCUUCUCGUAUUUGCUGUCAUUCGACGGGGCAAUUUGACAUCACAGCUCUGGGAAAUUGGGAUUAAGGACCUAUUGGUAAACAUAUUUGGGGAAAAGAACCCUGAAUUACAAAUCACAAAAGAAAAGAUGCAGAAUGUGUCCUUUUUCCCAAAUCUGUUUCCCAGAAGAUCCUUAAUCCCAAUUUUCCCCGCGGCUUUUUGUGAAUAUUGGCAGCUGUAAAAAUGGGUGUUGCAAUAUUUUUAUCGGCCAGUCAUACCUAAAGUUUUUGUUGGCCAGUUAUCUAAAAGUUAACCAGAUGUUGGGGCGGAGAGGUCGCCUCUGUACUUGGGAAGGAUUUCAGUCACUGUAAGCUUGUCAAUAAACGAGAGGCUCUAUGGUGUGAAAUUGCCUGUGUGAUCAAAUUUUUACCAAGAAGCAAGAGUCUCUGUACAUUACCAAUCGUAGUCUUUGUGUAUUACCAGCGAAUGGCAGGAGGGAAGCCGACUUUUGCUUUUUGCCUUUCUCUUUGAGCAUUUAAAAUGACAGCAUUAGUCCAUUAAAUGUCAUCAUUCAGUUGAUGGGUUGCCAGAAAAUUUGCGAAUAAUGUGUAUGCCAAUGAUGGGAAGCAGUUUGCUAGGAAAAGCAUCACAUCUCAAUUCAAUGAGCUGCUAAUUCCUGUAAAA